AUGGCCGAUCCAGUCCUUCCCUAUCCUUUUCCCAGUAAUGUUCAUGUCCUAAGUUCGGUAACUAUCAAGCUCAAUGAUAGCAAUUACCUGUUGUGGAAGACUCAGUUUGAGUCUCUGUUGUCGAGUCAGAAGCUCAUCGGGUUCGUGAAUGGUGGCUUAACAGCUCCUCCGGAAACCAGUCCCCUCUACGAGUCAUGGUUCUGCACAGACCAGCUGGUCCGUUCGUGGCUCUUCGGUACCUUGUCAGAGGAAGUCCUCGGGUCUGUGCACACUCUCACUACAUCUUGCGAGAUCUGGCUAUCCCUCACUGAGAACUACA